GUCCUUUGCCGUAUUGAUAAUUUCCAUUUUAGGAAAUCGUAUUGUUAGCUAGUAUGCUUUACAAGCCGCCACGAAGGACUUUUUCUCCAGUAAAAAUAUUUAUUGUGUCUGAAAGUCUAUGUUUCUUUGGAGCGGUAAUAUUGUGGUAUUCUUUAAGUACAUUCCAAGGUUGCAGACAUUUUGCAUUUAAGCAUUGUCCAGUGCUGCUAGACGGUUAUUACUCGCUUGAAAGCAAAGUACGUAACACAAGUACCAAAUUGUCGGAUCUUGCAUUGUGGCAACAGCAACAAAAUGAAAAUUAAAUUUUACGGAGUUUGUAAAACUUCCACCAUUCUUAAUAGGUAGUGAUGUUUUAAGAUAUUCUUCACAAAUUGAUACUCCUAAAAACAAGUUUUUAUCUACAAGCCUCUAAAUUUAAGAUUCAUAGCCCUACUAAAAUAUACUAUUGGUAAAGACAAAUUUAUUAUUGAAAACAGCAAGGAUAUAAUAUACAAAGUUGAUAUAAUCUAGAAAUAAAGACAUAAUUUAAAAAGGAAUAACGUUAAAAGUGCAAUAUGGAUUCUCCUACGCUAAUAGAAGGUAGUUUACCAGAUCGUAUUAGUAAAAGAGAUCGUGAAAGGAAAAACAUUAUUGAAAGACGGAGAGAAGAAAGGCAAUCAUUGGCUGUUGAAUCUGAACAAAGUAGUUAUUUUAAGGACACAUUUUAUUCAUCAUGUAAGAAAAUUAAAGAAAUGUUAGAUGAUGCACCCAGUGCUCCCACACCAGCUCUUCCUGGGAUAUUUGAUAAAAUAAAUAAAGAAAUUCAGACACUUAAGAAUUACUUAUCGCAAUCAAAGAUGUUUUUAAAAGUUUAUGAUAUUAGAAGAGCACAAGAAAAUUUACAAUUACUAGAAAAUGAAGCUUCUGAAUUAGAAGUGACAUUAUUACCUAAAAAGAAAUUUGGUUUUAAGAACCGAAGAGUUGUAAAGAAAACAUCUGACAAGACACACGAUAUGACAGAUGGUUUAAAGGAUUUGAAGAUAUCAGAAGGAAUUGUAAAUGGUUCUGCAAAACAGAAUCAUAAAUUAUCAAGUAAAUAUGGAGACAGUGCAGUAAUGUUGUUAGGAAAAGUUAAUGAACAAUUAAUUUUGGAUGCUGAAAAUGUGAAUAAAAAUGAUAUUCUACUCUCCGAUUUAAUUCACUGUACAGUACGAAUUUAUGGCACACCUAGUACCUUACACAUGGUAAAUUUAAAAGAGUGUACUGUAUUAGUUGGACCAGUAACAUCAUCUGUAUUUGCACACGACUGUAGUGAAUGUGUAUUUGCUUUUGCGUGUCAGCAACUUCGACUACAUUCUUCAACAGAUUGUACUAUUUAUUUACAUGUUACGAGUAGAUCAAUUAUAGAGGAUUGUACAAAAAUACGUGUAGCACCUUAUAAUUGGUCUUACGAAGAUCAAGCAAAUCACUUUAAUCUAGCUGGACUUGAUCCAAAAAUAAAUAACUGGAAUUGCGUUGAUGACUUUAAUUGGUUAUCAAACGAAAAACAUUCACCAAAUUGGAGCAUUCUAGAGCCUGAAUUGCGUGUAAAAUGUUGGGAUUAAUAAAUAUAAAUAAAAUAAGUCAUAAUGUCUAAAACUCAGUUCUCAAAAUACCAUUUUUUUAAUAUUAUAUAUAGAUACUUAUUUUGUUAUAUAAAUUCUUUAUGUGCAUACUCCGCUUUUUCACAGAAAUUAUACUGUAUGUAAGUGUUUUGUAUACUUACAAAAUGUUUAAUAAACUUGCUGUUUGUGAAUUACA